GAAUCAACCAAUCUUCAUUAUUUUUUUCAACCAUGGCUCCAAAUCCCAAGGUGUACUUCGACAUGACGAUCGGAGGCCAACCCGCCGGCCGUAUUGUCAUGGAGCUUUUCGCCGACGUCACUCCUCGAACCGCCGAGAACUUCCGUGCCCUCUGCACCGGCGAGAAGGGUAUCGGCCGUGGCGGCAAGCCACUCCACUACAAAGGCUCCAAGUUCCACCGCGUGAUCCCCGAAUUCAUGUGUCAGGGAGGCGACUUCACCGCCGGAAACGGCACCGGCGGCGAAUCCAUAUACGGAUCUAAGUUCGCCGACGAGAACUUCAUCAAGAAACACACCGGACCCGGGAUCCUGUCCAUGGCGAACGCCGGACCGGGGACGAACGGAUCCCAGUUCUUCAUCUGCACCGCCAAGACCGAGUGGCUCGACGGAAUGCACGUGGUGUUCGGACAGGUCGUUGAAGGCAUGGACGUGGUUCGAGCCAUCGAGAAGGUCGGGUCCAGCGGCGGAAGAACAUCGAAGCCGGUGGUUAUUGCCGACUGUGGACAGUUAUCUUAACGACAACAACAAAAAAAGUGCA